UCUUCUUAUGUUAAAAGAAAAUAAAACAAAUAACCACAAUUUUUUUUAAAGUUUCAAAAAAUGCAUGAUUAAAGAAUAAUAAAAGAAAAAAUAGCAUUAGAAAGUUACCAAUGACACACUUUGUAUCUAAUAAACAGUAAUCUUAAUUGUCAUGAGUGUUACUCGAAACACAUUUAAGGACUCAAUUAGAAAAAUUUCAAUCCGAAGCUCGGUGCGAUUGAAAGAAACUCUAGAUGAAAUUUCAUUUCGUACUCGGAGUUCUAAAAAAAAAGAACAACAAAAAUACAGAAUUGUUGACCCACGAGCAGGGCAAAUUGAUGGCAUUUCUUUUGAAGUAAUAGGGAAGCAAGGAACGUAUUUACGCGUAAAAGAUAAUUUACUUAUUCCAGAUAAUGAUACCGCUGACCCAUAUUUUAACAAAGAUACAACAUUUAUACCUCUUCGAAAUAUGUGGUUUAAAAAUUUUUUUUCAUUUGAAUCUGCAAGCAAACCGUCCCAUUUUAUUCGAGCAGUGGAAAACGAGAUUAUGAUUGAUAAAUACGAUGGUACAACAAAUUUUAAAGAAGAAGCCAGUUUUCUACUGAAUCGGAAACCAUGCGCAACCUGUCUUCAAGUUGGUGUUCAUACUUGGGCUAAACUCCAAACCGGCGAGUAUUGUUUAGGUAAGGUAAAUUCAAUAGACGACGAAAAAAUUUACAUUACUUUUGCUAACGGUAAAAGUGAAGUUUAUUAUAAGUCGGAGGCAUCUGGACUUCUCAUACCGGAUUUGGUACCAAAUGCUUCCGAAAUAAAAAUUGGGACAAGAGUAAUAGCGCAAUGGAUGCACCGAAAUACAUUAUAUCCUGGUGUUGUUUCUGGAAUGAGACGUGGGGACAGUUACGAUGUACUUUUUGAUGACGGCGAUACCGGCCGAGGAAAAUCAAUUCAAAUUAGACUAAUGAGAGGUUAUUGUUUUUCAGUAUCAAAUUGCAAGACAACAUGCCACAAAACAUCGUCUUGUGAAGAAAAUAUAUACCAAACAUCAAGUAACGGUUCAACAGAGUCUUGUGAUCACGUGGUUGAAAAAAAAAAUACUAACAGACUUUGGUGCGCUGAAAGUAUAUUAGCAUCUUCCGUAUCAGCUGACUCAUUUGUACAUUCAAACGCAACUCAUUUGUCACUUUCACCUUUAUCUAUCAAAGGUCAAUCAUCGAAAUGUCUCGAUGAUUCUUAUCGUACCUGGACUGAAACAUCUAUUGUCGAUAGCGGGUAUCACGAGUAUGUAAUUGGGGAUAAAAACAUUUUUUACAUAUAGUAUUAAAGUUCUUGUAUACUUAUUUAGUUAGAUUAUUCGAAAAAGUUUUUAAUAUAAAACA